AUGGCUCCUUUGUCAGAGGAGGCUACCGCACGACGGCGCGUUAGUAAGAAGCUUCACAAAAAACGCAAAGAGGAACAUCUUCCCACCAUGGAGCUUCCCGAAUGCCUAAGAGACCAUGGAGAGGAUGCCGAUGAAGAUGUACUACCGCCUAGUCAAGGUCCGCAAAUGUUUAUGAACAUGAACCAAUCCAUCUUUGGUUUGAUUGCUGCUGCCGGCUCGAACGUAGACUUCAACGACCGAUUCGAAGGCCAAUCUAGCGACGAAGACGAAGACAUGGAUCGUAGUGAGCGACCAAGGAAAGGAAAAGAACGAGAACGUGUGGCACAGACUACAAUAUUAAAGAAACCUACACCAGAAAAAGAGAAGGGUGAAAAACAACGGCGGAGGUUAUCCGGCCAUCUCUUAAAAUCAUUGCCACAGCUGCCACGACUCUCUACACGUUCCAAAUAUAGACAACCCAAAGGUUCUGGUGUGCAACCAGAAGAUUUACUACCCGAGGGUGACGGCGACAGCGUAGACUCCCCGACAGCAGACCCUCUUUCUCCUACGAUGGAUGCCACAAAGGCCGAUCGCGAAGGAAGACUCGCUCCAGUUAUGAGCAGGAUGCUAGAAGCAAAAGCCGAGAUGUCUUCAAGGCCAAGCUUCGACUUGGAAAGGUUGUCGGGCGAUCAUCGAAGAGGCAACGGCGAAGAAGCAGGGCCUAGUCUGCUUGCCCAACAACUGAGACGAAUCUUUGAAUUCGAUGAGUCGGAGGAAGUCAUAGAGGAAUACCCAUGCUGGCUGCUGCAAAGCGUCCUGUUACAGGGUUAUAUGUAUAUUACAGCUAAGCACAUCUGCUUUUAUGCCUACCUACCCAAGAAAGCUCACGAGGUCGCCAAGUCGGGAUACCUGUCGAAAAGCGGCAAAAGGAACCCUAAGUACAGCCGUUACUGGUUUCGCCUGAAGGGUGAUGUGUUGGCUUACUACCGCGACCCGUCUAAUCUCUACUUCCCGCAUGGCCAGAUUGACCUGAGCUAUGCCAUCUCAGCAAGCAUUGACGAGAAAGAGAAGGACGGCCUUUCCUUCUCAGUCGUCACUCACCAUCGAACCUAUCAUCUCAAAGCCGACAGUGCCCCGAGUGCUAAAGAAUGGGUCAAGGGCUUGCAACGGGUCAUAUUUCGAUCUCAUAACGAUGGUGACAGCGUUAAGAUUUCUCUGCCUAUUGACAACAUAAUAGAUAUUGAAGACAGUCAAAUGAUAGAAUUUGCCGAUACAUGCAAAAUCCGGGUUAUAGACAACGACGAAACGUAUGCGAUCGAUGAGUACUUCUUCUCAUUCUUCAGUUUCAGUAAGGAAGCAAUCAACGUCCUUAAAAUUCUGGUCGAUGAUACUUCAAAACAGCAAGCCCAUAACGAUGCACACUCGAGUUCAUCUCAACCACAGAGAAGUGAGGGGGUUAGUCGUCACAGCUCCAUCAGUAACAAGCAGAUUAAUGGCCCCAGUAACCUCGAGCUCAAAUCACCAAAACUUCGUGAGAAUGUCAGGGCGACGCUAGCUCCCAUGUCACCUCAUAGUCCCCGAGAACCAAGUCCUCGAGCUAGCGUUGAUGUGACCCGCGGUAGCUUCGACGCGAUACGCCAGUUUGGACGGCGAAGCCUUGACCUCGAUGCUCUUGCACGAGAUGCUUCUCCUCGACGGAGUUUCAGUGGUAGCCGAUCAUUGAACAAGACUUCUGUUCAAGACAAUGGCGUGGCACAAGAGAAGCUCGAGUCAUCUGACUCUUAUGUGCAUUCCAUCGAAGACCCCAGUACGUCUGCCGUGGCAUCAUCGUCUAACGAUGAUCCUUCUGGUAGUCAGAUUCUCCGAGGUAGCGAUGUGUUUCGUAGGCCUACCAUCCGACGCUCCACCUCUGCCUCGCGCGGCUCGAGGCAAGAAAGGUCAUCUGGUACUAGUCGUUUGCGUGAGAAGUCGGACGAGUCUUCUGCUAUUGCCUUUGACAAGCAUCGUGCCGCGACCACGGGCCAGUACGAUUUGGCUGUCUCUGACAGGCUCGAUCAAGGCUCAGCCAAUGCUCCAGGGCUGCAAAAGAUUGCAAGAAUGGGGGCAUAUCCCCUACAGAGAGCGGGCCUAUUUGCUAAUUACUUGAAUCAAACUAGCCGCCAUAUGAGUAACCUGCUGGCCACUGAAUCAAUGGGCUAUGUAGAAAAGGUUUCAGGCAUGUGGAAAGGUGGUCGCAAACAUUAUCACGAAACCCCUGCACUUAAGCCUGAUGGCGAAAUGGACGAUGAUGAUGGUGUUGAUAUGGACAGGUUUCGCGCACAUUUUGCCUUGCCAGAGACCGAGAAACUUCAAGCAACAUAUUACGGCUACAUUGUCCGUGUCUUGCCACUUUACGGCAAAGUCUACAUAAGUGAUCGACAUUUUUGUUUUCGCAGCCUACUCUUGGGAACGCGCACCAAGUUGAUUCUGCCCUUGAAAGACAUAGAAACCGCCGAAAAGGAAAAAGGGUUCCGGUUUGGCUAUUCUGGUUUAGUAGUUGUCAUUCGUGGCCACGAAGAACUGUUUUUUGAAUUCAACAAGGCCGAAAUCCGAGACGACUGCACAGUCACUCUGCUUCAGAACAUAGAGACUACGCGCUACCUUAGGGAGGCCGGCGCGUUAGACGAGGAAGAGCAGGGGGGCGUGGACGAAGCCUUGGCUGAACGUGAUGCGCUCAACGAGGCGCGCAUUCAGGAAACUACUGAACAUGAGCUCAAGAUGCCGCAUGAGACAUCGUGUCUCAGUGACUCAUCACCUACGAUCCUCUUCGAUGACCCAAGGGCAUCUUUCCUCAACUUUAAACCGUCAGAGCCGAUGAAAGUCACCUGCCUGACGAUCGGUUCUCGAGGAGAUGUCCAACCUUACAUUGCUCUUUGCAAAGGGCUGAUGGCAGAGGGUCAUAAGGCUCGGAUCGCUACACAUGCUGAGUUCAGGACUUGGAUUGAGGGACACGGCAUCGAAUUUGCGCCUGUCGAAGGUGACCCUAGCGAACUUAUGCGUAUCUGCAUCCAGAACGGUACAUUUACCUGGGCGUUUUUGAGAGAAGCCAAUUCGAAAUUCCGCGGCUGGCUGGAUGAACUCCUCGCAUCAGCCUACACAGCAUGCCAAGGUUCCGACUUGCUUAUCGAAAGUCCCAGCGCCAUGGCCGGCAUACAUAUCGCGGAGGCAUUAGCUAUCCCGUACUUCCGUGCUUUCACGAUGCCGUGGACCCGUACGCGAGCCUACCCACACGCCUUCGUUAUGCCCGAACACAAGAUGGGCGGCGCUUACAACUAUGUGACCUAUGUUAUGUUUGAUAACGUGUUCUGGAAAGCAACAGCGCAUCAAAUCAAUCGCUGGCGGAAUAAUAUUCUUGGCUUACCCAACACCAAUUUAGAGAAACUGCAACCAAACAAGGUGCCCUUUUUAUACAACUUUUCCCCUGCGGUUGUGGCACCACCACUUGAUUACAGCGACUGGAUCCGCGUAACGGGCUACUGGUUUCUGGACGAAGGGACCGAGUGGACUCCACCUAAGGACCUGUGGAAUUUUAUCCAACAAGCGCGCAAGGACAACAAGAAGGUGGUCUACGUUGGCUUCGGUUCAAUCAUUGUCCCAGACCCGGCGAAGAUGACACAGGAGGUCAUAGAUGCAGUGUUGAAGGCUGAUGUUCGGUGUGUGCUGUCGAAAGGAUGGUCCGAUCGCCUCGGUAAUAAAGACGCCGCAGUUCCAGAGCAAACACUCCCACCUCAGAUAUUCCAGAUCAAGAGUGCACCUCACGACUGGCUGUUCUCCCAGAUAGAUGCUGCCGCCCACCACGGUGGAUCUGGAACGACGGGCGCUAGUCUACGGGCUGGUAUCCCUACAAUAAUUCGACCCUUUUUCGGUGACCAGUUCUUCUUCGGCAGCCGCGUUGAGGAUCUAGGCGUCGGCAUCUGCUUAAAGAAAUGGGGUGCCCACAGUUUUGCGAGGGCGCUAUGGGAGGUUACGCACAGUGAAAGAAUGAUUAUCAAGGCUCGGGUUUUGGGCGAGACCAUUCGCAAGGAAAAUGGCGUAGACACUGCAAUCCAAUGCAUCUACCGGGAUCUUGAAUAUGCUAAGAGCCUGAUCAAGUCUAAAGCGGGCAAGAACGCGGCCACCGCAAGCAGCCCAGAUGGUACCAUAGCUGACGAAUCGGAAGAAGAGAGCUGGACGUUCGUCGAUGGUGAUAACGUUGAUCCGGAACUCGUCGUCAAGAGCGCCCUCUCUCAAAUGGAAGCCAGUACCAGUGGAGCAACUGCACUAGGCUCGAGGGCCCUCACUGGAAAUGGUGGAACGAGCAUCAGCACAGCCAGAUCAGCGCCGGCUACAACAGGCUCUUAG